UCUGUUAUAGCCAGGGAUGUGGUAGAAAUGACAGCUAGUGAUAAGAUUAAUCAUAAAUUAUAGUGGAGAGAGCUGCAUUUGUAUUUUAUUUUUGUUUUGUUUAAUGGUGGGCUGUAAACACGGGCUUGAUGAAGCAAUGCUUGUUCUUGUCGGCAUGAGCAAGGUAUUCAGCUGGGAGCUCUAAAAGGGGGAUCUGCCUCUGUCAAAACAGCCCCCCACACCCCACCUGGCACUGGUUGUGCACACAGGAAGAUUAAAUUGCAGAAUUGAGACUCUGGACCAACUCACACCGUCAGCGUUUUACUGCUCCUUAUGGUGUAGCUGGUGAUUGUUCCUGAGAAGAGAGAAGAUGAUGAGUGAUGCAAGUGACAUGCUCGCUGCAGCCCUGGAGCAGAUGGAUGGCAUUAUAGCAGGUUCCAAGGCACUGGAAUACUCCAAUGGCAUCUUUGACUGCCAGUCCCCCACCUCCCCCUUCAUGGGGGGCCUGCGGGCACUGCACCUCGUGGAGGACUUGCGGGGCCUGCUGGAGAUGAUGGAAGCGGACGAGAGGGAGGGGCUGCGCUGCCAGGUCCCGGACUCCACGGCGGAGGCUCUCAUCGAAUGGCUCCAAAGUCAAAUGACUAAUGGGCACAUAUCUGGGAAUGGAGAUGUUUAUCAAGAAAGGCUGGCUCGUCUGGAAAAUGAUAAGGAAUCUCUUGUUCUGCAAGUAAGCGUGCUUACGGACCAGGUGGAGGCCCAAGGAGAAAAGAUCCGGGAUCUGGAGUUCUGCCUGGAGGAGCACAGGGAGAAGCUGAAUGCCACGGAGGAGAUGCUGCAGCAGGAGCUUUUAAGCAGAACAACCCUUGAAACUCAGAAACUGGAUCUUAUGGCAGAGAUUUCCACUCUGAAAUUAAAGCUUACAUCUGUAGAGAAGGAUAGAUUGGACUAUGAGGACAGGUUCAGAGACACAGAGGAUUUGAUCCAGGAAAUAAACGAAUUGCGGUUGAGGGUGGGAGAAAUGGACAAUGAAAGACUCCAGUAUGAGAAAAAGCUGAAAACAACUAAAUCUUUAAUGGCCAAACUUUCUAGCAUGAAAAUCAAAGUGGGUCAGAUGCAGUAUGAAAAGCAGCGGAUGGAGCAAAAAAGCCAGAUGCUAAAGGAUGAACUGUCAGCUCUGAAAGACAAACUAGAGCAGAAGGAAGCCGAGGUGAAAAGGUUGCACGAAAAGUUGGUUUGCAAGCUGAAAGGAGAAGGAAUUGAAAUACUGGACAGAGAUGAAAAUUGUAAAAAGAAGCUCAAAGAUAAAAAUAUAGAGGUACAGAAAAUGAAGAAGGCGGUAGAAUCUCUAAUGGCAGCAAAUGAAGAGAAGGAUCGGAAGAUAGAAGAGCUUCGGCAAUCUCUGAAUAGGUACAAGAAAGUCCAAGACAUGGUGAUACUGGCUCAAGGUAAAAAAGGCAAGGAAAGUGAAAGUGAAGACUUGAAUUCAGGGUCUGUUUCCAUGGGUGUAUUGGACACACCAAGUCUGACUGACCCAGAGAAAAGCCCAUCCCCAACCCCGGUAACAGCAUCUCCAAUCCACGAUGAGUUCAACAUGAAUAUUCACGAAGAGAAUUCCUUACAGAUCCACACCAGCAUUUUACAGAUUUCAAUCCCUUCCCUUUCAUCAACUUCCAAGAGCUCAGAAACUGUUGCAGAGAGACUGAAAAUACACCCUAGGCCAGAGCCUGCCAGUGAAAUGGGCGAAGGAAGAUCAACAGGUUCUUCCCCUGAAACUCAUCUGUGUGAUAGUCCAGUAACUUCCUCGCUGCAGAAGUCCUGCAGUCUGAGCAGUUUGAGGAAAGAGGCAUCUGAAAUGGACAGAGACUGUGCACAGAAGCCAGCAGAGCAGGUGAAACCUCCUCUGGAAGGCAAUAAUUUCGCAACCCUCCCUCCCAAGUCUCCGUCUCACGGUGCCACAGGCGACGAGGACAGUUUCGGCACCCGCAAAGCCAGAUCUUCCUUUGGCCGAGGCUUUUUCAAGAUCAAAAAUAAUAAGAGGACUGCCAGUGCCCCCAAUCUGGAUCGCAGUCGAAGUGCCAGUGCACCUACUUUAGCUGAAACGGAGAAGGGAUCUGCAGACCACUUGGAUCUGGCUGGCUUGCCCCCCCGCCCAAAAGAAGCAGAUAGUCUGCAGAUGGCACCACCUUCUCCAGAUUCCAGGAAAAAGGCCAGGGGAAUCAAGAAGUUGUUUGGAAGGCUUAAAAGAAGUCAGUCCACCACCUUCAACCCAGACGACAUGUCCGAGACGGAGUUCAAGAGAGGAGGGACGAGAGCGACUGCGGGGCCCCGGCUGGGCUGGUCACGGGACCUGGGGCAGUCCCACAAUGAGCUGGACAUGCCAUUCGCAAAGUGGACCAAGGAGCAGGUUUGCAACUGGCUCCAGGACCAAGGGCUUGGCUCUUACAUCAAUAAUGGCAGGCACUGGAUACUGUCUGGGCAAACACUUCUGCAGGCUUCUCAGCAGGAUCUGGAAAAGGAGCUUGGGAUAAAGCACCCUUUGCAUCGGAAGAAGCUCCAGCUUGCUCUGCAGGCACUGGGAUCUGAAGAGGAAAACAACCAUGGAAAACUGGAUUACCACUGGGUUACCAGGUGGCUGGAUGACAUUGGCCUGCCCCAGUAUAAGACCCAGUUUGAUGAGGGGAAGGUGGACGGCCGCAUGCUCCAUUACAUGAGUGUGGAUGACCUGCUGUCCUUGAAGGUUGUCAGUGUCCUUCACCACCUCAGCAUCAAAAGAGCCAUUCAGGUUUUGAGAAUAAACAACUUUGAGCCCAAUUGCCUGCGCAGGAGGCCGUCUGAUGAGAAUAAUGUGACACCUUCUGAGGUCACCCAGUGGACCAACCACCGCGUGAUGGAGUGGCUGCGCUCCGUGGAUCUGGCAGAGUACGCACCCAACCUGCGGGGCAGCGGAGUGCACGGGGGGCUGAUGGUUUUGGAGCCGCGUUUCAAUGUAGAAACCAUGGCACAGCUGCUGAACAUCCCACCCAACAAGACGCUGCUGAGGCGGCACUUGGCCACUCAUUUCAACCUCCUGGUGGGGCAGGAGGCCCAGCAGCAGAAACGUGAAGCCAUGGAGUCCCCAGACUACGUCCUCCUGACAGCAACUGCCAAAGUCAAGCCAAAGAAACUUACCUUCAGCAAUUUUGGGAGCCUGAGGAAGAAGAAGCAGGAUGAUGUGGAGGAGUAUGUGUGUCCUAUGGAGCUGGGGCGGGCAUCUGGCAGUGGAUCAAAGAAGGGCUUUAAGCCUGGCCUGGAUAUCCGAGUAUAUGAUGAUGAUGAUUUGGACAGGCUGGAGCAGAUGGAAGAUUCAGAAGGGACGGUGAGGCAAAUAGGAGCAUUUUCUGAAGGCAUCAACAACUUGACACACAUGUUGAAGGAAGAUGAAAUGUUUAAAGACUUUGCCACUCGCUCUCCUAGCACCAGUAUAACAGAUGAGGACUCCAACGUGUGACAGUCACCACCAGGCACUGACAAAGGCUCGCUCUCCUGUGUGCAAGGACAUCCCCGUUCCACAUGACAGGCAGCAGAUCAUGUACUUUACAUUGCUCUUGCUUCUGUUUGUUAGAAGUAACACUGAGGGGUGGAGAAUUUUAAAGAGAAAAGGAGAAAAAACAAGGUGCCUCUACUCUAAGUUGCCAUAAAAACCACCCAGACACUGGUGAAUGGUAAUCAUUUUAACUCUAUUUAAUGUACAAACUGGUGAUGUGUUUCAGAGUGUUGCAUUUAAAUUGAUGUGGUAUGAUAGUGCUCCUUGUGCUUCUUCAUGGCCUCAGAUAAUCCUUUAUACUGUUUGAAAAGAACAGAAGAUGUUAGGUGAAAGUGUUGCGUCUGUAGAUACCGCGCAUCAGCUCUCUCUGCACUCUCAGCUGAAAGAUAGAAGUUACUGCUCUUUUUUAAGUGCUUUUCUUUGGCACAAACACCAGUUCAGCCCUAUCCAAUGUAGGAUUUUAGUCAUCUGUGCCCUGCAUAAGCUCCCCCAUAGCUCUUGACUGUUGCUCCUAUUUUUAUACUGUUUUAUAAAAAAAAAAAAGAAAAAAAUAAAAGAAAAAAGAAGUAUAUGAAGUACAUAUAAAAGCAAAAAUUUAAAUUUUGUGAGAUAGAGUGAUGGAAAGUUGCAGGUGUGUGAGGGAAGGGGAGAAGGUUGUAAAAAAAUUAUGCCAGUUUGCAAACCAGCUGGUUACUGGGAAAGGCAGGCUGACCUUUGGAACUGUUUGCUUUCGUUGCUUUUUAUUGAGUGCACAGUUUAAUGAUCUUCCAUUUGAGAUGAAACAAUUCUAAAGCACGUUCCUUCUGGCAGUGGCUCAUACAGAAACUGCACAUUUUAAAAUGUCUUCUUUCUUGUCCCCCCAGCAGUAGUUAGUGCAUUCAACAAGGUUAUUAACACUUCCAUGACUUAAAAAAUUUCCUUAAAGUUGAGAGUACUCCCUGCAUAUGGAAGGGACAUUUCUGUGCUGUGACUAACGUGAAGAUGGUGUAGUUGCAAAAAAACAAAUAAAGUUAUAUAGAGAAAUGUAUAGGAAAUAUAUUAUUUCAUAUUAUUAAGCCUAAGGUUGGACUUUUCCUCCAAAAUUCAGAUAUCAAAUGUGUUGUUCAUCAUUUUACCUUCUUAAAGCAUAGCUCCUCUGCUCUUGAGCAUCAUCAGGUUUUAAAACUCCUAACUAGCCAGUGGAAAUCUUAUGUCAGACUUUGGGUAUUGCGAGGUGUCCUAGCCGAAAGCAAACAAACAAAAGUAGCUUUUUAUUCCAGUGGUCAUUUGUAUGGUGUUGAACGUUGCAUGUAUUUUAGCACAAUGGCAUGAAGCUGCUUUGCUCUGUAAAGGCAAACCAAAAUCCAGCUGGAAUUGUUCCUUGCAGUGGUGUUGCUUUGCCAAGCGUUUUGUCGCUCGUUUUGUCGCUCUCCUUGCUGGAAGUGAGACCAUUCCUGGUGUCCCGCAGGGGAUUUGGGGUUUGUGCUGACUUUGUGGGUGUUUCUAAAACACUCUUAACAAAGCUAGGAAAGGAAGAAAGGUUCUUCCCAGGAUUUUCAGGGAACUCCCCUCAGAUCAGAGGCAUAUUCCAGCAUUAUAAUGAUGUAGCCUGAUAACCUGGACCUUUGAAGGGUGUACAGUGUGGGUGAUUAUUAAUGUACCAAGAUGCAAAAUUUAAUGUGGGCAGGUUUAGGGUGCAGAUGCUUGGGAUGUGGAUUCAGGCCUCCCUUUCUGUGAAUACUCUGCAAUAUUGUUAUUAUUUACAUGGAAGUUGAACGUGAAACCCUGUGGAAGCACUGGGAAAUGUGGUGCAGGCUUCCAAACAAAAGUUUUCGUCCGGAUGGCUCUCGCUAGUCACCGGCUACUGGACAGGACUGGAUAUUCACAGGAGGGAAAAAAGGGAGCUAGUGACACAAUACUGUGUGCUGAAAUAGCCACAAACACUCUCCAGUUUCUCUGGAGUGUUACCAGUGAGGGCAGUGAUAGUUUAUUUAAGUGCAGUGUAAGCAGCAUUCUGCUCCAAACAAUCCUUUCCUGGCAGCCAGGUCAUCCCCUCGGAGCUGCCACCUGAACCCUGGUUCUCUUACGGGGUGGGGACACAAGAGAGGUGAUGAAGUCAGGAGGUUUUUAUGUGUGCGUGUGCACACCGUCGAUACCGUCGGGGUGUUUUAAUUGGUGCCUGUUUGGAGAGGGCAACGUAACUGCUGUGUAUUGCCAUGUGAAAUCCAAUAAAGUCUGUGGAAAAUGCCAA